AUGUCGUUUACUGCUAUUCCAGAGGCCAUCGAGGCGUUCAAGAAGGGCGAGUUUCUCGUGGUGAUGGACGACGAGACCCGAGAAAACGAAGGUGAUCUUAUCAUCGCUGCUGAGUUCACCACCCAGGAAAAGAUGGCUUUCCUUGUACGUCACUCGUCUGGCUACGUGUGUGCUCCGUUAUCGACCAAGAGAGCUGACGAGCUUGAUUUGCAGCCGAUGUUGAAGGAUAGAACUGACCGUCAUGGCACGGCGUACACGGUUACUUGUGACUAUGCUCAUGGCACCACGACGGGUAUUUCUGCUCACGACAGAGCCUUGACCGCUAGAGGGUUGGCUAGUACGGAGUCUAAGCCGGAUGAUUUCAUUAGACCGGGCCAUAUGUUGCCUUUGAGGGCUGUGCCUGGUUUGCUUAAUCAAAGAAGAGGCCAUACUGAGGCUUCUGUUCACCUCUGUGAAUUGGCUGGUUUGCAGCCGGCUGCUGUGAUCUGUGAGCUUGUUAGAGACCAAGAUGGACUUAUGAUGAGAUUGGACGAUUGCUUGGAGUUCUCCAAGAAACACGACAUCAAGGUGAUCACUAUCGAGCAGCUUGUGAACCAUAUCAACGCACAGUAG